AUGAAAAAUUUGUACCGCACUGCCGGACUGGAAGGAAAGGGUGUAACCUUCAUCUUCACCGACUCAGAUGUGAAGGACGAAGGUUUCUUGGAGUACAUCAAUAACAUUUUGGCCUCUGGUAUGAUCUCGGGACUCUUUGCACGUGAUGAGAUGGAUGAGGUCUUGUCUGCUCUAGUCCCUAUAAUGAAGAAGGAGUUUCCUAAAAGACCCCCAGAGAACGAGCUUCUCAACGACUACUUCAUGUUACGGAUUCGAAAAAAUCUGCAUGUCGUUUUAUGCUUUUCUCCCGUGGGUGAGAAAUUUCGGCAACGCGCUCUUUACUUUCCUGGUCUUAUUUCCGGUUGCACAAUUGAUUGGUUCCAACGCUGGCCUCAAGAUGCCUUACUGGCGGUGGCUAAGCACUUCCUUAACGAUUACGAAAUGGCUUGUCCACAGACCACAAGGACAAACCUGAUAACUCUUAUCGCCGACGUACACGACGACGUAGCGGCGCGCUGUACUGCAUAUUUCGAAAGGUAUCGACGCACUGCGAAUGUAACCCCAAAAUCUUAUAUUUCGUUCAUUCAUGGCUCGUCCACACUUUAG